AUGUUUCGAAACUCUGUUAGAUCUAAAGCAAUAUUGAAGUCUCAUGAGAUACAACGAUGUACAUAUACAAGUAAGCUUGACGAAAUUCGUGAGAAACUACGACAGGGCCCUAGCUUAGCUGAUUUUGUAUCAGACGACCGACCCAAAACAUGGAAUGAUUAUGAAGGCAAACUUAAAAGAGAAAAGGGCGAAAAUGAAAGAUUGCGUUUACCCCCAUGGUUGAAGACUACCAUACCUACAGGAUCAAAAUUCAGUGAAUUGAAAAAACAAUUGCGUAGUUUGAAACUGAGUACAGUAUGUGAAGAAGCUAGAUGUCCAAAUAUUGGUGAAUGCUGGAGCGGAGGAAAGCAUGGAAUGUCCACAGCUACUAUAAUGUUAAUGGGAGACACUUGUACUCGGGGAUGUAUGUUCUGCUCGGUGAAGACUUCUCGAGCUCCGCCUCCACUAGAUCCAGACGAGCCAUUCAACACAGCACAUGCUAUCAAACAGUGGGGAUUGGGGUACAUAGUGCUUACAUCUGUCGACAGAGAUGAUCUACCUGAUGGUGGUUCAGCUCAUCUUGCGGAGACUGUAAGAGAAAUAAAGAGGCAAAACACAGAGAUCUUGGUCGAAUGUUUGGUGCCAGACUUCCGAGGUAGUCUUGACAGCGUAGCUACUGUGGCCAACAGUGGCCUGGACGUGUUUGCGCACAACAUCGAGACGGUGGAACGCUUGACACCAUUUGUUAGAGAUCGAAGAGCUGGAUAUCGUCAAACAUUGAAAGUGCUGAAGACAGCGAAAGACAUUAAUCCGGAUUUGAUUACAAAAUCCUCCAUAAUGUUGGGUUUGGGUGAAACAGAUGAGCAAGUAGAGCAAACUAUGAAAGAUCUCCGUUCAGUCGGCGUAGAUUGUCUCACGCUUGGACAAUACAUGCAACCCACGAAACGCCACCUGCGCGUCCAAGAAUACGUAACGCCAGAUAAGUUUGCAGAGUGGGAGCGACGCGGUACAGAACUUGGCUUCCUGUACACGGCGAGUGGACCGCUCGUCAGAUCCUCGUAUCGUGCUGGUGAAUUGUUUAUAUCCAGCCUUCUCAAAGAUCGGAAGGCCAAGACUGCUUGA